GGAUCUCUGGUGUGUGUUCACUGAACUAGCAACGCGCACAUCAAAACAGCUAAUUAUUUUGGUCGCCUGUCAUUUUAGUGAUUAUUUGAUAAGUUUUUACGAUCUUAAUUGCAUUGUCGAUAUUGAGUUCGUCGAGUGGUUGAGGAUUCAGGAAGUUCUAAGGGGUAAUUUGACGUUUAUUGGUGGUUGGAAAUUAUGGCCGCUGAGGAAAAUUUUGAACAGUUUGAGGAUGAAGAGACAGAAUUACCGAUUGGAGGAACUCUACCCAGUGGCAGAAAGCGUCUGUUCUCGAAAGAGCUUCGAUGUAUGAUGUAUGGAUUUGGGGACGAUCAGAAUCCGUACACUGAGAGUGUCGACCUCCUGGAGGAUCUCGUCAUCGAGUACAUCACUGAGAUGACCCACAGAGCUAUGGAGAUCGGCAGAACUGGACGAGUCCAAGUCGAGGACAUAGUUUUCCUCGUCAGAAAAGACUCCAGGAAGUACGCGAGGGUUAAGGACUUGUUAACCAUGAAUGAAGAAUUGAAGAAAGCGAGAAAAGCGUUUGAUGAAGUUAAAUAUGCAGACUCGCAUGGCUCCAGGGCAUGAUGUUAAUGCAACAAAUUAUGAAAAAUUUCAUUAGUAAAUCUAUUAUGUUUAUUCGAUGAGCAUACAAAUUGACAAAAUUAUCACG